CAUUUGGGCGAUAUCUGUACUGUCCUGACAUUUGGGGAUAUCUGUACUGUUCUGACAUUUGGGGGAUAUCUAUACUGUCCUGACAUUUGGGGGAUAUCUGUACAUUUUCUGACAUUUGGGGGAUAUCUGUACUGUUCUGACAUUUGGGGGAUAUCUGUACUGUUCUGACAUUUGGGAGAUAUCUGUACUGUCCUGACAUUUGGGGGAUAUCUGUACCGUUCUGACAUUUGGGGGAUAUCUGUACUGUCCUGACAUUUGGGGAUAUCUGUACUGUUCUGACAU